GGUUUGGGAAACAAGGCUUCCAGUGCCAAGUUUGCUGUUUUGUGGUUCACAAGAGGUGCCAUGAAUUUGUUACUUUUUCUUGUCCGGGUGCAGACAAGGGACCCGACACUGAUGACCCCAGGAGCAAGCACAAGUUUAAAAUCCACACGUAUGGAAGUCCUACCUUCUGUGAUCACUGCGGAUCCCUGCUGUACGGGCUCAUCCACCAGGGGAUGAAAUGCGACACCUGCGACAUGAAUGUUCACAAGCAGUGCGUAAUAAAUGUUCCCAGCCUCUGUGGAAUGGAUCACACAGAGAAGAGGGGACGGAUUUACCUGAAGGCCGAGGUCACGGAUGAAAAGCUCCACGUCACAGUACGAGAUGCAAAAAAUCUAAUCCCUAUGGACCCAAAUGGACUUUCCGAUCCUUAUGUGAAGCUGAAAUUAAUUCCUGAUCCCAAGAAUGAAAGCAAACAGAAAACCAAAACCAUCCGUUCCACCCUGAACCCCCAGUGGAAUGAGUCCUUCACAUUCAAAUUAAAGCCUUCCGACAAAGACCGACGACUGUCUGUGGAGAUCUGGGACUGGGACCGGACAACACGGAAUGACUUCAUGGGGUCCCUUUCCUUCGGCGUGUCGGAGCUGAUGAAGAUGCCAGCCAGCGGAUGGUACAAAUUGCUUAACCAGGAGGAAGGUGAGUACUACAACGUGCCCAUUCCAGAAGGGGAUGAAGAAGGCAACGUGGAGCUCAGGCAGAAAUUUGAGAAAGCCAAACUUGGCCCCGCUGGUAACAAAGUAAUCAGUCCUUCAGAAGACAGGAAACAACCUUCCAAUAACCUUGACAGAGUGAAGCUAACGGACUUCAAUUUCCUCAUGGUGCUGGGGAAGGGGAGCUUUGGGAAGGUGAUGCUGGCUGACAGGAAGGGCACAGAAGAGCUGUAUGCGAUCAAAAUCCUGAAGAAGGAUGUGGUGAUUCAAGACGACGACGUGGAGUGCACCAUGGUGGAGAAGCGCGUGCUGGCCCUUCUCGACAAGCCUCCGUUCCUGACGCAGCUACACUCCUGCUUCCAGACUGUGGACCGGCUUUACUUUGUCAUGGAGUACGUCAACGGUGGGGACCUCAUGUACCACAUCCAGCAAGUAGGGAAAUUUAAGGAGCCACAAGCAGUAUUCUAUGCCGCAGAGAUCUCCAUUGGAUUGUUCUUUCUUCAUAAAAGAGGAAUCAUCUAUAGGGAUCUGAAGUUAGACAAUGUCAUGCUCGAUUCAGAAGGACAUAUCAAAAUUGCUGACUUCGGGAUGUGCAAGGAGCACAUGAUGGACGGAGUCACGACCAGGACCUUCUGUGGGACACCAGAUUAUAUCGCCCCGGAGAUAAUUGCUUACCAGCCGUACGGAAAGUCUGUGGACUGGUGGGCCUACGGCGUCCUGCUGUAUGAGAUGCUAGCUGGACAGCCUCCGUUUGAUGGUGAAGAUGAAGACGAGCUGUUCCAGUCCAUAAUGGAGCACAACGUUUCCUACCCCAAGUCCUUGUCCAAGGAGGCCGUUUCCAUCUGCAAAGGACUGAUGACCAAACACCCAGCCAAGCGGUUGGGCUGCGGGCCUGAGGGAGAGCGAGAUGUGAGAGAGCAUGCCUUCUUCCGGAGGAUCGACUGGGAGAAGCUGGAGAACAGGGAGAUCCAACCGCCAUUCAAGCCCAAAGUGACUUUCUGUACCAAAAUGCACUGGCUUCAGUGGGCAUCCAGGCCUUCGUGUGGCAAAGGAGCCGAAAACUUUGACAAGUUCUUCACGCGAGGGCAGCCCGUCUUAACACCACCAGAUCAGCUGGUCAUCGCUAACAUAGACCAGUCUGAUUUUGAGGGGUUCUCCUAUGUGAACCCCCAGUUUGUGCACCCGAUCUUGCAGAGCGCAGUAUGAAACUCCGCAGUGAGAGCAGAUGCUUCCCUCGUCCCGCCCCCACCCCCCGCAGUGGGAAAUUAUCCUUAAUCCUAAAAUUUGAAGGCCACAGCCUGUGUCUUGUUCCACACGGAGGCUUGAAACUUGUAGGGUCAUUAGUUCACUUGUGAUCACCUUUUCAGGGUCUCUCUCUCACAACCAAGAACAUUGUCUUAGUGGAAGAUGACAUAAUGUACAGUGUCCAGUUUAAUUAUGUAGAAGUCACACCUGGCUGUAGGUUAACACUCCUAGAACGCAGCCUCUUGCCCUUUCUUGGUACGACGUAGUCUCCAUGUCCUCCAUUUGGAUUUUCACCGUCCAGCUCCCCUAACCAGAGAUGUUAAAGUGAAACUGCCCCAGCUCCGCAGACUGGAAACAUCUCCCCCCAAGAUGGCUUGGGGUGAAAGAACGAGGAGCCCAGAGAGGGCACACAGAGGGCCUGGGAGCGGGAAGGGCUCCAAGUACCCGCUGCUGCACUCCCUGCCUCGGGGGACAAAGCCCCGGAACCUGCAAGGCCAGACUGAACCAAUCACUGUGUCCGAGGAGUGGAACUCAGCUGUAGUCCAGUGGUAGAAGACAGAAAGAAACGAGAAGAAAAGAAAAUGAAAGAGAAAAGAGAACUUCAAAUGAGAGUCGGGUGAAUCUCAUCUGUUGCUGUGCUGGCUGAUAUCGACCUUGAUGCUUGCAUUCUUUUCAAGAGGCCAAAUCAUCUAAGGACUUUGCUAAAGGAGCGUGUGAAAUCUUUUCAGAUCAAGGAUGAGCCGCGUGUGUGUGUGUCCAUUGUAAUCUCUGGGAGAUUUUCCUGCGAUCCAGGGUGCCAUCAGUAAUCAUACCACUACUCGUGAGUGUUGUUAGCCAACCCCCUCCCACACACAUGGAUAUUUUGGUACCUGUGUUGUUACCCUCCCAAGACGCUCAAGUGUACGCCUCACACCCUUUUUUUUACUUAUUUAUUUAAUAGGCUGUGGUGUCAUUUGUGGGAGUACGCUGUACAGUAACUUAACAUGUUGACUCUGGCAUCAGUACCUCCUGGUUUGUUUUCCUCUCUUCUUUAGCCCCUGACAUCCACUGAGGGAUGAAAAAUAGCAGUUUGGGCUCCCAUUCCCAGUUGUGUUGAAUGACACACCUGGUGCUGUAGAACGGGACGUUUGGAUGCUUAUGAGCUAAAAGACGUUUUCCUGCUAGAAGGAUUUUAAUAUGUUUUGCAAAUGCAUCAUGCAAUGGAUUUUGCAUGUUUAUAACAAACUUUAAUAACAAGUAAAUCUAUAUUAUUGAUAAAAUCAUAUCAAAUAUAAAGAGAGUAUUAUAAUAAUUUUAUAAGAUACAAUUGUGCUAUAUUUGUGAAGGGUUAUGUUUCUUACCUGCUUUUAUGAUUAAGUUUUAGUUUAAUUCUUCGCUGCUGUGCUUCUUACCCUCUCUCCCCGCACACUGGCACUGUAUCCGAUAUAUUAAUUUUGUAAUGUAGAUCUGAUUUCAAAAUUGAAUGGCUAUUUUACAUGUUUAAUUAGGCUCU